ACCGCAGUCGGUCUGUCAGUCCGUCCGUCCGGAUGAGAGACAGGUCCCAACGAAUUCGGAGUCCGUUCGUGUGCUGCUACAACGCUGCUAUAUCACUCACUGGUCGCUCUGCAUGUCUGGCGUGCCCUGGUUGUUGUCUCCCUCCUUGUCCUUCUCCACAAUCAUGUUGUCAGAGUCGUCGUUCUCUUCGCUGAGCGCCUUGCUGACCUUCUUCUUGGUCGGGUCGUCGCCCUCGCGGCACUGGGGGCAGAAGAACGCUCGAGCGCGAGGCCAGCGACGGAUCUCUGCACCACAAUUAAUUAAUUAAAAGAGGCAGGCACUCCACCACAAACUCGUCCGUCGUGUCUCUCUCUGCUAUCAUCCAUCGUUCUUAUGUGUGUACCGACCGUACCCUUGGGAGCCACUUCUGCACAGGCCGGGUGGUGCCACACGCGGCACUCAUCGCAGCGAAUCGACAAGGACUGCACACGCCGCCCACACACGCAGAUGCUCCGCCUCUGGCCGCCGCCGCCGCCCCCGAGCUGCUGCGGCUGCGGCUGAUGGACGGCGCCUGAAUUCCCCCGAUUGCCCCGGUUCUCCCCCUCCCUCCUAUGUCUCUUGUUCCCUCCGCCCCCUCUCCUAUCCCGCCUGACAGCUCCGGCCCCUCCCCCUCCCCCUUCAACCCCGCCGCCGUUGUUGCCAUUGCCACCAUCCAUGGGGAUGUAGCGGCCGUCGCGUGCGCGUGCCCUGGUGUGGUUGUUGGGCGGCGGAGGGUUCUCGUCUUUGGUGACGGGCACGAUCUGCCGCCUGAGUGUGCCCUUGUGCAGAAAGGGGGUGGGGAACGGCGGCAGGCGGGCCAGCAGGGUGGGGGAGGGGUGCUUCAGGUGACGUAUGAAGUGCGAGUGGUCAACCAUCUCGGAUGUCCUGCAAGCCAUUGAGAAGGAAAGGACACAGACGAAAGACGGUGGAUCUUCCCUCCCUUCUGUGGGUGUGCCCAUCGCGUGGCUUGUGUUGUCAGUGUGUGACCAUCGGAACAGCUUCUUCGGGUGCGGCGGCUCCGAGGGCACUAGCUCAUCGCUCAAACAAGCUUCAAAUUGAAUCAGCGAGUCAGACUCCGACACCUCCUGGAAGAGAUCAUCCUUCACGGACGGCUGCAGCUCGUCGGAACCCCUGGGUGCGAUGGCAAGGGGCAGCCGGGCGCCGCCUGAUGCCUCCUGCCGGCUCGACGAACUGCCCGUGGCCUCCAUCCUCGAGUGAGAGCGCUUGGACGCCAUCUCAGGGUGAGUCUCGGUGAGAGAGUGGGAGGCGUGGGCAAGAUUCGGGCGAUGCGGCAGGCAGGAGAUGACGAUGGCCUUGCUCAAAAGAAUGCAGGCAAGGCGCGGAUCAGCUCACACCGCCUACGUCCAUCCCAUCCGUCCACAACACAAGAUGGCAUCACUCAGAGCGUCCUUCUCAGUGCAGACAGCGUGCUACCGGGGGAUGGCCGGCACGGUGGUGGUCAGAUUGAUGGCAUUCCGCUCGCCGCUCGCCAUCAGCG